GCGCGCAAACUGACACCACAUACACAUACAGGACGGUCUCGCACAGGCGCGUAUCUUUACAAACGCCUUUUUGUCCCGAGGAUUUUUUUUUUCUGCUUUUGUGCUCGAGUAGCGCACUUGACCGUGCGGUGCAGCGCCGCGAGGUACGGGGUUACAACUUUAAGAGUGGGAUGUCCCUCGUAGCAGCGAUAAGAAUGAGGAAACACCAGUAGCCGUGAAUGUAAGCGCAGCCAGAAGCUCACGAGUCUCUGGACGCUCCGGUCCGUGGACGAAGGUCGACGGUUACACGGCUGGGCCGAUGGGAGACCACUCGCAGUCCAACCCCACGCCGGCUGGCAAGGGUGAUGGGAACUCAGGUAACCCAGAGUACAUUGCCUUUGUUCUGGUGCCUUUCUUCUUCCUGCUGGGCCUUCUGGGGGUCCUUAUCUGCCACAUCCUGAAGAGGAAGGGCUACCGCUGUACAACUGAGGCAGAGGAAGACGAGGAGCCGGAGAAGGAUGAGGAUGAAGAGAAAGAUCCAGAAAAAGGAGAUCUGAACGACACCUUCAGUGAAGGCAACACUGACACGGUGGGCCAAAUCGUUCACUACAUCAUGAAAAAUGAAGCCAACUCGGAUGCACUCAAAGCAAUGGUUCAGGACAGUAUAGAAUCAGAGGGUGGCCCUGUGACACCCACCUCUCCAAACACACCCAACAGCCCCGAGAGCCCUGCACUGCCAGGGUUGCCGCCCAGCACGAACAAACACACCUGCAACCACCUGCACACCAUCGGAGGGAUCGGAGGACAGAAGAACAUCUGCAACCGCUGCAACCAGAAAAAAUGGCCUCUGAUGAGACGCUCCUCCAGCAAGAGACUGGACCGACGCAGUCACGUAGGAGAGGUCACAGUGCUGUCCGUAGGCAGAUUCCGGGUGAUGAAGUGUGACCCUAAAUCGUCCCGGGAUAGGCGGACGUUGUUGAUCACAGAGCCUAACGGUAGCGUACCCCCUUCACCCGCUAAUGCUGACCCCCCCGAACACGGCACAAGCCCGAAGUCACAGGAGAAAGGAGACGGUGCAAAGUGACAUCUGCAGAGCUCCGGCGGCUUCUCAGGUGACGUUUUAAAAAGAUUUUAAUCUGGAAGUGUCCAUUCCAAAUAGGACUUAAGAGAGGGGAAACGCUUCAGGCUGUGACGAGAGAUGCCAUGAUGGAGGAGGAAAAGCGGACGAUGGUUGGGAACCCUCACGUCGCGUCGGUGGUGGAAAGGCGGCAGAAGCCAUUUUCUAUACAUUAACCCGUCACCAUGCCAACACGCCUUUCUCAAACAUGGUCGUGUCAUUAUCGGCGGCGGGCGGAUUCAUUUGUGCUUGUUAAUGACUACGAACGCGUCAAUGUUUAACCCAACCUGGCGUCGAGGCCAAACCCUCCGACCAUGUGCCUCUUUGGGCUUACGUCCAGGAAGUGGGAAGUUUUGUUCAACUUUUUUCCUUUUUCCUCUUCCUCUUUAUUGCAAGCUGUGAUAAACACGGAAAACCAGAGCCAUGAAAUUUCUCACCGGUUACAAUCUGUACGUUUUUCUUAACCUGGUGUCUUCUAAAACGGACUGGGCUUCAUUUCUUCACUAAAUAUACCUUUUCAGUUUAGUUUUUUUAAUGACUUAAAUUGUGAUUUGACAACAUUUGUCUGUAAACGAGUGAAAUUGCAUGUUGAUUAGUUUGAUUUAUCCACCUAGCGCACCUUAACCGACUGGAAGUUUGCUUGGGGGAUGUCUGGAACAGAGCACUGCGAUCAAUUCACCGGUCUCUCGAACACUCGGCGGUUUAGAAAUGUUAACCGUUCUUAGUUUCGUUAUAUCUUGCAUGCGUCCACAGAGUUCAGAAACUCUCAAAUCUAUCUUCUAUAUUAUUAGAAAGUCAGGAGUAUAUAAUAAGACUGUAUCCUUCACUAUACUUAAUAUUAUUAUCUUUGGGGAAAACAAUGUAUGGUACCUCAUAAAAAACGUCCUUGGUUUAGUGCCAAGCAGAGGACCGAAAUAUAGGACUUUUAAUAAUUCUGCAUAUUUUAACCAAAAAAAAAAACCUUAAUAAUAAAUACAAAGCUUACUUUUUGUUUUAUUUUUCAUGUAUUUUGCCUUUUUUUUAUAUAUAUUGUCAUUAUUGUGCCUCAGAUUUUUUUUUUUUUUCUUUGCUCAAACACCAUAAAGGUAGACCUCAAGAUAUCUAUAAGCUUUCUAGUUCAUUGCACAUGAGCUUGAAUCGCUGGAACAAUAUCUUACAUUUUUGCCCACAGCCUUCCUGUUCAAAUUUUAGUCCAAGUUAUUCAUGCUGAAAUAUUAACCAUAACCAUCUUAAUGUGUACAGAAGUGCUGUCAUUCCCGAAACGGAAUAGAAUGAAAGAAAUGCCAAAGCUGUAUAAACGGAAGGAUCGGAAGAAUUAAAUUUAGUUGCGUAAAGAAAAUGAAUGAAUGUACUGUUAUAUUUUAAUUAAGUUUUGUACCCAGAAUUUAUACAUUAAAAAGAUUAAACGCA